GAUGACUGUAAUUUAGUAUAUAUUUAAUUAUCUUAUAGUUUUUAUAUCACGCAUUAAAAGAAAAUUGAGAGUGUAGUUACCAUAAACUAAUAAUGUUAUUCAAAAAUGCGUGAAUUUAUAUAUAAAAAAAUGCUCCUUCGACGUAGAUUUUGCAAACGCAUUAUAGUCAUUGCAAUUGUGUUUAUCGCAUCAUUUUAUGGGAGUGUACUGCUGUUCGGUAACUUGAAAGGGCCUCAGAUUAUACAAUUAACUAAUUUGGACCGUUGUCCCGCAUGUUACGGUGUAACAGUUUGCCCCGAACUGUAUUCUAAUCAAAUAAUAUUAGACAGUACUCAUUGGUCAAGUAUGUUUAAUGUAAGGAAUAUUUUCUAUGGUUACACGAAAUCAAAUCGAAGAGUUGUGUUAAAGAAGCUUGGUCACGAUUGGGAAUUUCGUGAGUUUGAUGAGAAGAUCUGUAAAAUUAUGAAUCUCAGUGAAAGUUGUAAUGUCAAAGCUUUAUUGAAUAUAUCAAACAUUGAUCAGAAAGUAAUAGAUAUAGUUCAAUAUAACCUAUCCUGGCCAGAUACAGAACCAAGGAAAGGCAUAGUUUUAUGCCCAUAUGCAUACAGUAUUUAUGACUUAUUGCAUCCCCUUUUAAAUAAUCGGAAUGGAAACUACAAGUCUGAAAUGAUUAAUAUUUGGACAAUGUUAAAUAUUAAUCCAGAACCUAUAUUGUUACAGGUAAUUCCCAAAACAAAGGGUUGGCCUGUGCCUGCCUAUGGGGGUGUGUGUGGUCGCCUUGAAGUGGUGGCAUACGAAGGAGAAUCAUUGUCGUCUCUUGCUAAUAUUCCCUGGCUCAAAAAGUUGAAAUAUGCUCAAAAAAUACUAAGUGCAUCUAUGGAUUUUACCUUCAAACAUGAUAAAUUUCGUUUCUACCUAAUGGACUGGUCUCUGGACAACAUAGUGGCAAAUGAAAAAGAUGAGAUUAGCUUUGUGGAUCUAGAAGAUGUAGUCAUACUUGAUAAAAACAUAUCGCCAAAGAAAGAUCUCCCUGAUUGGUAUCAACGCUAUAACAGAGAAGCUUUAGGACCUGGCUUUACAUUUUCUAUUGAGAAUAUGUGCAGGCAUCAUCUCAGUGAUCAUAAUAUAUGGGCUGCUUGCUAUGUCUUGGCGGGUGAUGAUAACCCAUUUCUUUAUCCCAUACCCAAAGAAAUCAACAGCACAAGACCUCAUUUUGAUAGGCUCCUACAUAGUUGUCUUCAUGGAGAUGACAAAUUUCGUACAGCUGGCAAGCUACAACAUGUAAUAGAAGAUAUGUUGCUUGAUGAAAAAAUUAUCGCUUUGGGUACGAUAAGAUAAUUUGUUUGCGUUACAAAAGUAUACUUUUUUUUCUGUGAUAUUAGUGUUUAGUCAAACAAAUCUGAAAUCCAUGCUUCUGAAAAUGAUAAAUUUUAUAAGCGCGAACACUAAAUUUAAUUUAUGGUUGUGAGGAAUGGUAUACAAUUUUCGUUUAUGCAUUUUGUUAUUUAAGUUUUUAAUAAAUAUGAUGGA